AUGAAACCGACUGGAAAAGAACCACCGCUACCAGGCCUGCUUGGUCGACCUCAUUCCUUGUUUGACAACUCAUUCGUCAUCGAAUUCUUGCAACCGCCGCCUGAGCUGGAUGCCUCGGUGCUUUUCCGGGCCACCUACAAGGGUGGACACGAGGCAACAAAAUUGGGAAAACAGCAUCCACAGAGAUCCCAACCCAAGGGCCGCAGCUCCAACACAGUGUUUCUCCUUUGGGGCCACCCGAGGCAUACAACAGUUCAUUCGGCCGGCGCAAAAUUCCCCACAUCCUUCCCUCCAGAUAUGGAUGCUGCGUUUUUUCUAGCCCUUCUUGGCCUUGUGGAUGCCGUACACGGCCAGCGCCUCACAAUGAGCCCUGGCCUAGGAGCAACCCUCAUGGUGAUGCAAACCGCGAGUGAAUCGUGUCUCAUACUUUUACCGAAAGCUUGGUGGCUUGGAUCCCUGCGAUGGAGGAUACCUUGGACUGCACAGGUGAUGUUAGAGUCUAUUCGGAGCAUCUUUGAUAGGAGGAGCCCUGUGCAGAUUGUUGAUGAUGUUAUUGAGUCACAGUUUGUCAGACGACAGUGA